AAUUAUUUCAGUGCACCUACGUCUGAUCAGCUUUUUUUUGUAAAUUAAAUAUUUUAAAUAAAUGGACACAGCUACUUGUUAGAAUAUAAAAAAAAACAAAAUAUUGGCGAAGGCGAAACAGCUGGUUGCAAGCGCCUAAAAGCAGUUUUAAUACACAGAUUUAUAGAUAACAAUACACACACAAUUUAUGUUUUUCGGACAGUAUAAAGCCAAAAAGAUUGUUCGCUAUUUAUUAAGGUGCAUAAAGAAAUCACAGCUUGAAGAAAUUUGAAAUUGUGAGACAGUCAAACGAAAAAAUUAAUUAUUUGGUUCUGUGCCUUCGUUAUGGCUGUCGCGAAAUCAUGCACUACCUUCAAUUAUUUUGCUUUUGGAAGUAAUCUGUACUCUAAACGUAUUCAUAUGGGCAGCCCAUCUGCUGUAAGAAAUGGCAUCGGUUAUUUAGAGGGCUAUCGUCUGGAUUUUUUUCAUUACGCUGCUCGAUGGCGCGGGGCUCCGGCAACAAUUGUGGAAUCUGAAGGCCACCGAGUUUGGGGUGCACUGUGGCAAAUUAAUACUACCAAUCUUCCUGAUCUUGAUAAACAGGAAGGGGUUCACAAUCAAGUCUACAAGGCACUCACUCUUCCCGUACAUCUACCGAACGGAAACACAAUAGAGUGCCGGGUAUAUCAACUAGUGAAAAAUCCACCAGUGCAGGACUUUGAAGAAGCUGAUCGUCCAUUUGAACGGCAACCUUCUCAAUCGUACAUGAAAUACAUUGUCAGUGGAGCAAUUGAAACUGGACUACCAGAAGAUUAUGUGCAAAUAUUGAAAGCUGUUAAGCACAACGGUUUUGCAGGCGAUCCACAAUUCGAGAAAGACUUGGAAGUACAGGACUCUUAGCAUUAGACAGCACUAAUAUCUGGAAUAAAAAGGUUUUUUUCAUACAACAUAAGAUGAAUGCUUUUAGAUGAUAACCUGGAAGAGUUUUUAAAAUACUUUUAUAAAAUUAGAUAAUCUGAAUCAAAUAAAA